AUGUGGACAGGCUCGACUGCCAAGAGUCUUGUUCGGCGAUUGAAUCAUUCUGGAUAUUGUAUACGAUGUGCUUCGAGCCAACCAAUUCCAGCGCGAACACGUUUCGCACCCUCACCGACCGGUAACUUACAUCUUGGCUCACUUCGCACGGCCUUAUACAACUACCUUUGGGCACGGAAGACAGGUGGCCAGUUUCUCGUGCGCGUCGAAGAUACAGAUCAGAAACGACUAUAUCCUGGCGCAGAAGCAUCUCUCUUUGAGAACCUAGCAUGGGCGGGCUUGCAUCCAGAUGAAAGUCCCAUGCAUGAAGGGAGACAUGCUCCUUAUCGACAAUCAGAUCGUCUAGAUAUUUACAAGCAGCACAUCCAGACUUUGCUUGACAACCAGUCUGUUUAUCGCUGUUUCUGCCCUGCAGAACGUCUCUCGGCGCUCCGUGCGCGUGGCAGCAAGACGGGCUUUUCCGGGACUUAUGAUAGAAAGUGUGCGCAUGUUUCAGCUGCUGAAUCGGCGCAGCGUGCAGCCGAUGGCGAGCAGCAUGUCAUAAGACUCCAUUCGCCAGAUGCAUAUCCUGCUGUCACGGACAUUGUUCACGGCACUGUUCAAUUUCACAGAUCUUCCAAGAAGGAUCUCGUGUCCAACAUCAAUUUUGAUGACCCAGUUCUCAUCAAGUCUGACGGCUACCCGACCUACCACUUUGCCAACGUUGUUGAUGACCAUCUCAUGCAGAUCACGCACGUCAUUCGAGGCGAAGAAUGGCUACCAUCAACCCCGAAACACUUGAGUCUGUACGAGGCGUUUGGAUGGCAAGCACCAGAAUUUGCCCAUGUGCCACUCCUCGCAAGUGCCUCUGGUGCAAAACUAUCGAAGCGACAUGGCGACGUGUCAGUAAAGGACUACCGCAAACGUGGCUAUCUGCCAGAAUCCCUACUGAAUUAUCUUGCUCUUAUGGGCUGGAACGCACAUCAGGAUGGAGAGAAGAGUGAUGUGCUAACCUUGGACGAGAUGGUUGACAGGUUUGAGCUGAGUAGUAUCACAAAGGGCGCUGCGGUCGUGACUGCCGAUAAGCUUCACUACUUGCAAAAGCAGCACUACAUUCGCGCGUCAGAAGACAGUGAUCGUCGACAAUUGCUGAUCGAUCAAGCACAAAGUAUCCUCCACGAGGCAUAUCCUGAUGACUCGUUUUCUGACGCCUACGUCGGUCAAGUGAUCGAUGUGCUCAAGGAACGCAUGGUUGAUCCAUUAGGUUUGCCAAAGCUCGGACAGUACUUCUUCACAGAGCCACACUACGCAUCAAUGGAAGCAAUCAAGUUCGGGAAAAAGUUUGCUCGAACGCAGAUUGUGCCGCUGAAAGAGGUUCUUCGAGCGGCGGAGCAAAAGCUUGACUCUAUCAGUGCCUCAGGAUGGACUGAAGCAGGCUUUGAUAAUAAGAUUGAUGCGUUAUUAAAGGAGACUGGAUGGCAAGUUGAGAACGGCCAAGUUCUGGGAGCCCUACGAUACGCGCUGGCUGAUGGCCUGAGUGGUGCAGGCGUUAAGCAGAUUAUGCAAAUCAUUGGCAGGAAGAGAACGUUAGAGCGUAUCGCUGCGGCCAUCGCAACUUGCAGGUAA